AAGAUGAAAAAAUUGAAGUGGUAUUUUUCUCGGUUGUUGGUUUUGCCCUUUCCCUUAUCUUUAAUUAUCCCUUCACCUUCUUUAUAAAUUGAGGGUGCCUCACAUCAACUUUCAUUACCAUCAUUUGUAUAUUUCUAGAGAGAGAAAGUACAUUAUUUUCAUUUAAUAAUUAUUAUUCACACAAAAUUUGUUUCACUUCUUACCAUGUCUGCAUCUUUCUCAGUUCCUUCCAUGAUAAUGGAGGAAGAAGGGAGAUUUGAAGCGGAGGUAGCGAACGUGCAAGCAUGGUGGAACACCGAGAGGUUCAAGCUGACGCGCCGCCCGUACUCCGCACGCGAUGUGGUGUCCCUACGUGGCAACCUACCCCAGAGCUACGGCUCAAACGAGCUGGCUAAGAAGCUGUGGCGCACGCUGAAAACCCACCAAGCCAACGGGACGGCUUCCAGAACGUUCGGCUCACUGGACCCGGUCCAGGUGACCAUGAUGGCUAAGCACCUCGACACAAUCUACGUGUCGGGCUGGCAGUGCUCGUCAACCCACACGUCGACAAACGAGCCCGGCCCGGAUUUGGCGGACUACCCGUACGACACCGUUCCGAACAAGGUCGAGCACCUCUACAUGGCGCAGCAGUACCACGACCGGAAGCAGAGGGAGGCGCGUAUGAGCAUGAGCCGCGAGGAGCGUGCGCGCACGCCCUUCGUCGACUACCUGAAGCCCAUCAUCGCCGACGGCGACACCGGCUUCGGCGGCGCCACCGCCACGCUCAAGCUCUGCAAGCUGUUCGUCGAGCGCGGCGCCGCCGGCGUCCACAUCGAGGACCAGUCCUCCGUGACUAAGAAGUGCGGGCACAUGGCCGGAAAAGUGCUCGUCGCCGUCAGCGAGCACAUCAACCGCCUCGUCGCCGCCCGACUCCAGUUCGACAUAAUGGGGGUGGAGACCGUCCUGGUGGCGAGGACGGACGCGGUGGCGGCCACGCUAAUCCAGACCAACAUCGACGCGCGUGACCACCAGUUCAUCCUCGGCGCGACCAACCCGGCGCUGAGGGGGAAGGGGCUGGCGGCGGUGCUUUCGGAAGCCAUGGCCGCCGGAAAAACCGGGCCGGAGCUGCAGGCGAUUGAGGACAACUGGCUGGCGAUGGCGCGUCUGAAGACGUUCUCGGAGUGCGUGGUGGAUGCAAUCAAGGGUAUGAAUAUCGGCGAGUCCGAGAAACAGAGGAAACUCAGUGAGUGGAUGAGUCACUCGAGUUACGAUAAGUGCCUCUCGAACGAAAACGGACGCGAAAUCGCCGACCGGCUCGGCUUGGCCAAUCUCUUCUGGGAUUGGGAUCUCCCAAGAACCAGAGAAGGCUUCUAUAGGUUUCAAGGAUCGGUGAACGCAGCGAUCGUCCGUGGAUGGGCGUUCGCACCGCACACGGACAUAAUCUGGAUGGAGACAUCGAGCCCCGAUAUAAUCGAGUGCACCGAUUUCGCACGUGGGGUCAAGUCAACCCAGCCCGAGACGAUGCUCGCCUACAAUCUCUCCCCAUCCUUCAACUGGGACGCUUCCGGAAUGUCCGACCAGCAGAUGAUGGAUUUUAUUCCUAGGAUUGCCAAAUUGGGUUACUGCUGGCAGUUUAUUACGCUCGCGGGUUUCCAUGCGGACGCUUUGAUAAUCGACACUUUUGCCAAGGAUUUCGCGAGGAGGGGAAUGUUGGCUUACGUGGAGAAGAUUCAGAGGGAGGAGAGGAGCCACGGGGUCGAUACGUUGGCUCAUCAGAAAUGGUCUGGUGCUAAUUAUUAUGACAGGGUUCUUAGGACUGUUCAGGGAGGGAUUACUUCUACUGCUGCCAUGGGAAAAGGGGUGACUGAGGAGCAGUUCCAGGUGACGUGGACAAGAGAAGGGGCAACAGAUGUGGGAAGUGAAGGCAAUGUUGUGAUUGCAAAAUCAAGAAUGUAGGGAGGUUAUCUUGGUGGGCAUUCUUGAUUUAGGGUUUUAAUGGGAAAUAAUAAGUUUUUAAGAACUUGUUUUGUGGUGGUGUAAUAAAAAGUUUCAGUUUCUGUAAUGAUUUCAUCUGCAUUGUUUGGUGUUGAAGAGAUUGUGGGGUACUUGCAUUGUACUUUGUUGUUCUCAAGUUCUUUUGUCACAAGGGAGAGAAAGAUGUUGGUUUCCUUUCUUUCAGCUUCUUGACUUUUAUAUAAGAGAAGAAAUAUUAUGAUUUCUACUUUUUUACUACGAAUAUUUUUUGCUACGAUAAAAAAUCAUAACAAAAGGUAAUUUUUUCCAUGGGA